UGUUUACUGUUAAUGUUAUGCGACUUUCUUUAUCCUUGCUAAAGCUGUAUACCUUCACAGUGGUCGCUCUCUUAACGAGACGCAAUUACUACUACCAUCAACAUGAGACAGAAUCACAGAAUCUCCUCAAAUUUUACUUCCAAUGAAUGAACUGAAAUAAGGAUUUAUCUUUGUCCAGAAGGUCAAAUUUGGGGUCAGGUUGGUAAGUUGCCAAGCGAAUUAUAAUGGCUUCUGGUUGCGCUAAUUCUCUUGCUUAUCAAUUUUAUUCCCAAGGUAUAAAUCAUGCUAAUUAUAGAACGUCACCAUUUUUUCACAAACCGACUUACAAAAUAUCCUUCCGCACAGAAAAGGAAAAAGGUGUUUCACAUGCUAUGUGCUGCUUCAAGAACGGUGGGGAACUGUUACAAAAUUUUAAAGCUGAGGAAAGGAAAAUGAGAAAGAAGGCGGGUAAGAAAGAGCACCACUUGUGGAAGAAAAGAGAUUCUACUGGAUCUGGACAAAAGGCGCUUAACGUUAUUAGAAUUCUCUCGGAACUUCCUAAUGAGAAAGAGGCUGUGUAUGGAGCAUUGGAUAAAUGGAUAGCUUGGGAGACUGAGUUUCCACUGAUUGCAGCAGCUAAGGCUUUAAGAACAUUGAGAAAGAGGAAUCAGUGGCACCGUGUAAUUCAGCUGGCAAAGUGGAUGUUGAGCAAAGGACAGGGAGCGACUAUGGGAACAUAUGAUGAACUUCUAAUGGCAUUUGAUAUGGAUGAUAGAGUAGAUGAGGCCGAAUCAUUGUGGAAUAUGAUUUUGCACGUGCAUACUCGUUCUAUAUCGAAGCAGUUGUUCUCCAGGAUGAUCUCUCUUUAUGAUCAUCAUGACUCGCAGGAUAAGAUAGUAGAGGUAUUUGCUGACAUGGAGGAAUUGGGUGUAAGACCAGACGAGGAUACCACCAGGAAAGUAGCACGCGCAUUUCAGAAACUAGGGCAAGAAGAUAGGCAGAAACUGGUUCUAAAAAGAUACCAGUGUACAUGGAAGUAUAUUCAUUUUAAGGGUGAACGGGUCAGAGUGAGAACUAAACCUUGGGAUGAAGAUGAUUGAUUCCUGUAAGCUGGAAUGAGAGUUCUGUACAUUAUGGACCCAAUCUGAUGCCAAUAUAGGACCUUUUGCAUCGGACCAUGUAGAGGAGGAUCACAUAUGGAGCUUAUUGUUGUUCAAAUGUAGAAAAACAAAAAGACUUGCAACAAAGUUGAUCAUGGUACCAUGAGUACAUUUUAAGAAGUUUAACAGAGCUUAACAUUCAAGCUCUGCAUUUUGUCCUGUGAUGAACACAUGAAGAGCUAAACAUUAUUAUCUUUA